AUGUUAAAUAACCUCAUGGAGCGAAAGAGUCCAAUGGCCUCCUUUGGGCCGUUGGCGAACAUCGUCCAGUUUGCCGCCACGCUACCUGUCCGACUGGAAAAUGAAGAACUGGAAAAACUGGCUGCCCGAGGCCCUCUGCUGGUCGAUAAUUAUAUUCCGGUGGCGAUGCAAGUUCUGCACCAUUGCAUCGAAAUGAUACAGUACGAACCAACGAUGACACCGCCGCCGAGCUCUGACACUGAAGUCAGCACAACCACGACGAGGCGUCCGUCGACCACAACUGCCAGGCCGCCAACAACCACCACAGAGUAUCCUAUGACGCAAGCGACAUUCCCUACCAGCUCCCACAAGCCUGGCUAUUACGGUCCUGAGAAACCUCCACCAUCGCCAGCAGCACCAGCGGUGACAACAACGGAGACGAGUUCCACGGAUAGCCCCAAGCCUAGCACCGAGAGCUUGCUCUGGAGCGACAAACCGUUUGCCGAGUGGUUCCUGCAGAGGAAACGCCAUCAGAUUCAGGACAACGGAGUGGAAAAUUUCAAGUUUUUGGAUCCACUACCGCUAGAGGUACUGCAGGCCUUUAACCGCGAACCGUACGAACCACUCGCGCUCCGUCCUGUCGACAAUGCACAGGAGUUCCGGCGUAUCUACGACGACAGCUACCGGGGCCCGGUGGCCAUAGUGGUGGUGGAACAGAGCACCAAGAAGGGUGGCAAGAAGCGAAUCCCCCCAACGAAGCCGUACCUCCAUAUGCUCGUGCUGUACGAUCUGCUGAAGCGCGAAGCCAAGAAAGCCAUGUACAACUACUACGAGGGCUAUUCUGAGGCCAUUUUGAAGGAGCUCUCGGAGAUGGACUUCCUCACCGCAAAGGAUCAACUGCGUCACGUGCUGACGGAGCUGCUGGAGCGAAAGGACAUCGAAAAGUCGGACGUUGUAUCGAGAGCCAAGCAGAUGAUUAGUGAUUUAGACAACCGGUCCAGUGCCAUAUCGCAGGCGCUGGAAGUCGUGCCGCCAUUGCGCUUUGGAUUGUGA